AUGAGCGGCGGCAACAUGUGGCGGCGACGAUCGGCGCACGGCGGCCAGCGGCUAGCAGCGGCGACGGACGGCCGGCGGAGCCGCGACGCCUGCGAGACCUCCAGGUGGGCGCUUGCCGUCGGCGUGGACGAGGCGGGGGAGGCGCUGCGAGACGACGUCAGCGCUGGGUGCCCCGUCGUGGAGGGCGCCAGCGAACCCUGCGGGAAGGAGCCCGCGGCGGAGCCCAGCGAGGCUGGGCCGCCCAGCGCCACGGCCUCCACCGGGGACCCCGCAGAGGACCCUCAGGGGCAGCCCGCUCCGGCCACGCCGCCGCCGCGACGCCACGCGGCCGAUGAACCGGGCUGCAGGCUCGGCCACCGCUCUUCGCCGCGCACCCUGCGGCUCGGGAGCCCCGAGCGAGCCCCCGCCCAGCGCUCGCCGCCGGGCAGCCCCGGCGCGGGGCGGCAUCGCCCGUGCGGCGCCGCGGGUCACAGCGCGGAGCUGCCGAUGUGGGCGGCGCCGAUGCCGCCCCGGCUGCCCUCGGACCCGUCGAUUUUGGCUGCCCAGCCCGCCACGUGCCGACAGAAGCGCCCCUCCAUCUGA